UUUUCAAGAUAUAUAACUUCCGGUAGAUAGAUACGAUAUUCAGUUAAUUGCAAUAGCUCUAAUACUAAGUAACAAAUAUUUAUUUUCUUUAAAAUUGUGAGAUUCUACCGAUUAUGCAAUAUGGAAAGAAUUAAAUAAAUAUAUUUCAUGUUAGAGAAUAGGGUAUAGUAUGGAAAUGCGGCAACAGUGCACUAGUGUGAAAUUAACAGUAUUUUAGUUCAAUGGUUGUUCCCGUGUUGAUAAGUUGGAUUUGAUGUUGUGCAAAAAUGUGGUGUUUAACAAAUUGGACUUCAGGCAGUAGGAUAAUUCACACGACAAAUCAUGACCGAUCCUCGUGCUGAAGAUGGCAAUUAUUUGGUGCGCGUGCGUGCGCAGGUGAUGUCAAGGGAUGACAGCUCGGGUGGAUGGGUACCGUUGGGUGGCGGAGGACUCAGCAACGUUUCCGUACGAAAGAGGCCGCGCCCGACGCCAUCUAGUGGCGGCGGAGGACAAUUGUCCAACGACGCCCAACCUACCAAACCCAAGCACGACUAUCUCAUUUAUGGAAAAAGGAUAAGCGAUAAUUCGAUCGUACUGAGUUGCACCAUAAAGAAGGAUUUCGAAUACAAUAAGGUGAUGCCAACUUUUCACCACUGGAAAACCGGCGACAAAAAAUACGGUUUGACAUUUCAAGCGGCUGCUGACGCACGCGCUUUCGACAAAGGAGUCAAGACUGCUAUCGAGGAUCUGCUGGACGGUUUUGCGGACACUUCCCCUACAUCACCUUUGCCCAAAUGUCCGAAAGAUGUAGGAGAUGACGACGUUUUUAUGACCUUGGAUCUUCCUCAGGGUCCAAAAGAUUCAAGAAGUUCUAGCGAUUCUAGCGCUAAAGGUACUGAACAUCUUCAUAAAAUAACUUAUAUAGGACGUGAUAGUAAACCAUUAGAUGCUCGGCUUCCUACUUACGAUCCCCAGAAGGCAACAAAAGAUGUUUCAGGGCAAGGUGGAGGCGAAAACUACCCCUACGUUCAACUGACGGCAGUACAUGAAUACAUUUAUCCUGCCGAAGAUCAACAGAAACCUCCACUUAUGAGGCGAGAUUCGACUUCGAGUCUCAAAAAAUGUACCAUCAGCAUGGAGAUGAAUCCACCCCAACAACCGCCCCUACCUUUCAAGGCUGUUAAACAUAAGGGUAAAAUAAAAAUUAGGUGUCGCCACUGUCACGAAUUAUACGUUGAAGAUAGGAAUCCCCGUGGCGCAUGCGAAUACGCUCCCGACGUAGUAAAAUCGACCAUAAAUCAAAUAACUUGUUUGGGAUGUGCCGAAGGAAUCGAUUAUCAUUGCGCGUCAGACCAAGAAGGUGAUUUCGCGCAACAUCCCUGUGACUGUUCGGACGAAAAUUGCACGAAACGGUGGUUGUGUUUGACGUUUCUAUCGAUUUUCGUACCCUGUCUUUGGUUGUACCCCCCUUUGAAAAUGUGUCAUUGGUGCGGAGUGAAGUGCGGCAUUUGUGGCGGCAGACACAGUAUGUGAUCUAUGAAUCAUAUUUUACGAUAUUAGAUCCCGAAUUUCCUGCUAUUUUUAACAUUUUUAUUUUAUAUAUACAUCGUAGUUUACACUGAAGCUUAAUCCUUCGACACAAUCCGGAAACUAGUAAACGUGUUCGAUGAUUUGAUUUCUGUAAUAUUUUUUUAUUGCUUAGCAAAAUACUAUGAUUUAGUGAUGGGUACAUUCCUGAAAAACCCAAAUUAAGGUUUUUUAAGAGCAUCAAGUCAAAAUUCACAAAAAAAUUGGUAUUUGAUUAAUUUUAUUUGAGGUUGAACUGCUGAAAAAUGUUGACCGAAAAACACUUAUUGCUUCAUGAAAAAGUUGUGUAUGUCUUUACAACAAGACAUAAACAAUGAAAAAUCAGUCAUCUUCUCAUUCAGAAGCAGCAAAAGACUCUGAAGAAGUUGCAUCCAUAUAUGGAAUGUCGGAUUCUCCUUCUGUUUCUAACCCAUUUUGAGUAGUAGAAGCAUCGGAAUGGGGUCUUGGUGUUGUUUCACAACUUCUACCUUAUCUUCAUUUGAUGUUACUUCUUCUUUCUUGUUUUAUAGAAGAUUGGUAAAGAAAGAUGGUAAAGAAACGUUAUCUUACAGGUCCUUUAAUUUGUUAAACGGUUUCUUCACUUAUUACGAAUCCAUUUAUAGGUACUAAAAGAUCUUUAUAUCUCCGCGGAACUCAACUAUUGGAGACACACAGACCGCAAAAAGCCCAAACAAAUCUUUCAACUCAAAUACCAUCUUUUGCUAGAUAAGUUGUUAACUCGCUUGAAACUCAAACACCAAUAUUCAUAUUUUCAGCUACUUUGUGGAUAAAUUCCAUCGCAAUCACAUGUUCUUCCACAUUUAAAUGGAUGCCUUGAUUUAAAGGAUCUAACAGUACGUAUUAUAAACUUUAACCAGGAGUCGAACGGAUGGUUGACUGUCGGUUGGUUCAACCGUAACGAAAUUCAGUUUGAAAUAUCAAUCGAGGGUUGAAAGGUACUUUCUAACCUCAAUUUUUGUUUACUUUAGCUUGCAUUUGAUGAACUUAUAUAUUAUGUUGAAUUAAUUGAACCAUUUGAACGAAAUGAUGAUUCAUCUAAUAUUCUGAUUACUCUUUUUCCUUUGUAAUUAAUCUUUUUGAAUUUAUAUAAUAUUGAAACUACACGUGGAAACUUCAAAACUAUACUUUGACCUUUGAGUGACACACUUCCCCUGGCAAAUGACAGUUCACUCGGAUUUGGUUGGUUAAAAAUGAACUCUCAGUGCAGCCAAUUUUAACCAUCGGUGGAGUUUCGACCGACGGUUAAACAAAACUUUUAUACUACCGACCCUAAAAGUGAUAUCAUGGAAAGGGGUAGAUGGAGAAAGUUAUUUUGUUAUAAGAAAGAUCCAUCUAAAUUUCAUAGUAGCAAUUAUGUCCUUAAUUUUUGUCGCAUGAAUUUAGAAACACCCUGUAUAUAUUAAUUUUUUUGUUAUUUAAACCUUGAUUUUAUUUUUAUUAUCCAGUGUAACUUUGAAAGUGUCUGUGAUUUAUUUCAGGAAAUUUGUGUACCUAAUAUCGUAAAAUGAAGUGCUUGAACAAUUUAGGGUUGUGAACACUUUAAAAGGGCGUUGAAAUGUGUGAAGUUUGUCCCAAGAAAAAUUAAAAGACUGUUUAUACGGAAUGUUGAAAAAUAUAACAAGGUUGGUUUAAGGAAAAUUCUAAAUGCUGUCUCAAAACGGUGAUUAGAUAUUUCCGUUGUUGGUUAAUUGGUUCAACUUUCCGUACUUGUUGAUUUUUAAUAGAUAAUUCGCUAAAAUCUUUUUAAUCAAAUUAAUUUAUUUUAUUAAAAGAUUCUUAGAUCGAAUCGAAGAAUUUAAUGUUGUUCAUGUGUUCUAAAUGCUACGAAGAUGUAAAAAUUUGACUAUCAACCGAUUGUUUUUGUUUUAACAAAAUAUAAUGUAUAUAUUUAUGUAAACUUUAUUAAUGUAUAAUUGCGUUUUACAUCUUUAUGUACAAAAAAAAAUUGUGAGGAUAAAAAUCGUAAUUUUACAUUUUAAGUACUGUUGAUUAAUAUACGGAGUAAAUUUACAAAUGUAAAAAAAAUCUGUACUGUAAAUAAAGAAAAAUUGUAAAUCUUAUACAGAUUCAAAUGGUAAAUAUGCUUAAGUAUUUGUGUAAAUUUACUUUGUACCAAAUACUAUACGUGGUGUUCCGGAACUUGAUUGGAAAAAUUUUGGAGUGAGUAGAUUACGUGAAAAGAAUGGUGUGACAUAAAAAAAUUUUCACAUACUAUCUCUUUUUUCUGAGUUAUAGUCGUUUAAAGUUGCGGAAUCAAAAGUAUCUGAAGGCCAGGGGUGGCUAUCAAGGCUUUCACCUCCGAUUUUCAUGAAACUUCAUCGAUUUUAAUCAAAUUUUGAUUGUAGAGAAUAUAUCAAAUAGCAAAAUCUACCCUAUUCCGAUGUGUGCUUUUUCCUUUGGGGGUGAAAAUUUUAAUGUGGAAAAUAACCACAGAGAUCGAUAGUGGAUCAAAUUUUAAGCAAAAAUUGUUGUUAGCAUUUUUUUUGAAAAAUCAAUAAUUUCUUAGAUAUGCGCCAUUGAAAAUUUAAAUGUUUCUAUUUUCACCAAUAACUCAAAAACUUUUGAUUUUAUUAGAAGUGUAGGAAGCAAAAAUGAAGCUUAUAAAGAAACAAAUAUAUUGGUGCUUUUUAAUUGGUUGUAGGCCUAAUACAAACCGAGUUAGGAUUUAUUGAAGUUUGAAUAUUUCUUAAAAUUCAACGUCGAAUAACGGAAAAACGGUCAAUUUUUCUAAAAAAUUGCAUAGAAUCUUUUUCAAAGUACUUUUUAAAAGCUUUGAAAUAAGGGUUAGUAGAACUCUCUAGCAUGAAAACUAAGAAAGUUGUGGCCGAAAUAAAAUCGAUUUAUGUUUAAACUCAAUUUCAUAUUAGCAGUAGUACCCAAAUUGCAAUAAAAAGAUAAUUCACUGUUUUUUUACUUUAUUUACAUACUAACAAUGAUUUCUGGGUAUUCUUUUAGAAAUUUUUUAAGAUUUCUUCUUUUUUGGGAUAUAUGUAAAAAUUUGUAAAGUAAAAAAAUCAAUAAAAAAAAAUCAUUUUUGCUAUCUACAAGUUGUCCCUGCGAAGUUACGGAUUGUUAACCAUUGAACCCGAGUCGCCCUUAGCCUUCAGAUAGUAGUGUAGAAUUAUUUACUCCACCAAACACACUAAAUAGACAUACGUAAUCAUCCAUUAAAAAUUCAUAAUGUUCGAAUGUAUAAUUUAGAAAAUAUACUUAAAUAUAAUUUUUUUUAUGUCACAUCAUUAUUCUUACGUCAUCAACUGACUGCCGAAUUUUUCCCAUCAUAUCCCGGAACACCUUGUAUAUAAAAAACUAAUCUAGUGAUGGUUUUACAUCAUUGUAUUAAAAGCUUUACUUUAUUUAUGCAUUGUUAAAUUAAUAUGCCAAUCUAUGUACUGUAUCUGUCAAAACGAGGUAUUUUUUUCCGUUUGAAAACAAUAAAAAAAUUAAAAAAUAUUAAUGUAACAUCAAAACUAAAUAGUAGUCACACGAUAAACGGAUUUACAAGUUGAAGUUUCUAGAACCGUUGGUGAUAUUUAUACUGAACACACUGUUUUAAACGCUUUCUAAGAUAUCCUCAGAAACAGCUCAGAUUUUCACGAUUAUUUUAUCUAAUUGUAUACUAUACAUGACGACCCACAAGAUUAUAUAAGAAAUUGUUUAUUUUUAUUGUUUUUGUUGGGGUUAUGGAUAAGGUAGCAGUGUAUUUAUGAAAAAAAAUCUAAACAUGUAGGUAUGUCCUUGUAAUGUUAAUGAUCGGAGAGAACUAAACUACCUACUUCUUAAACUUUAUUAUCAAUUCUAUACAUAUACUCAUACCUGGUUUUAUGACCUGUAUCUCGAAAACCUCUUUUUCUUUAUUUUAGGAAAUAUCAAAAUAUAUUCCUCAACAAGGUUAAAAUUUGUUUAACAGAUUUAUUUAACUUCUCGUCGAAACUACAAUUGAGUGAGCGGUGUUAAAUGUUUGCACUGUUUUGAAAUGUACCAAGCGUUUACUAGUGCAACAUCAAGGAAGCACCACCACAUAUAUGCUGAUCCAUCAAAUCAGUUUCAUCGAUUGUAUUCAGAAAUCAGUCUAGGUUGUAGUACUUGAACGAUUUUUUUCUCAGUGUGAGAAUAACGUUUCCCCUGAACAGUCGGUUUUGUCCCAUGACAUGUGGACGCCACGGUAACCACUUUUUACCACAAUAACUCUAUCCUCCUUGGUUUUGGCAAUCUGGUUCUUCUAUGGCAGUGUGCAGCUCUUAGGAAUUCCGUUUUGUAUCAUCGUUUCCGUCGUAGCCCUUUUGUUUUAGGUUAGCUUCUUCAUGUGAUGUGGAAGCUCAUCAAUGGAGCAGCACACUUCCAAAAUUAUUCUCAUAGAUCGUGUUUGCUUUUCGAUCCUUUCCAAGUAACUUGAGAUGUUUUUUGUCCGUUAUUCUCCAGGUCUCUUCACCAUAUUGGAUUCCUACAAAAAAUUUUCUUUCCCACACAGUAGAGCACUAUUGGAUGAAUGAAUAUUUGAUAUUUUCGAAUUUAACUUUGCUUUUAAGACUCCCUUUUCUCUAUUCCACCUCUUAAAUUGUAUUUUUAUUUGUAAUUGGUACCCUCAGAUAUUCUAAACAAUAUUUUUUUCCAGUGUUCACUUUUAUAGAUGAAUUGCUUGUUGGUGAAGGGAACAAUCGGGAGAUAAUUUCCCAGGACAUACUGAAUCGUAAAUUCAUUUUUAUACUAACAAUUAUCGAUCAAAUUAAAAAAAAAUAUGGAGUUUGUGUGGUACAAAAAAGUUAAAAUUUCGUUCUCGAGUUUUUUUUUUGGUUUCUUAAAACUCCGCCGGCACUUAUACUCACACUUAAUGGUCCUUCGAGCCGGAUAUAAACCUAUUGACGGCUCGAAGGACCAGAUAUUAUAAUUGUGUAUUGGUGUAGUGGUAAUAAACAGUGAGUUCAGUACUGAUUGUGAUUAACUUGAUAAACAGACAAUUAUUUUUUGUACGAAGUAGUUAAGUACUUGUAUUUUUAGACUAUUAGCCUCGUAUUUAACCAAUGAUUGACUACUAUGAACUGCCAACAAACAACAGAUAAAAUUAAAAAAAAAUUAAAUGUAAAUAUAAUGAUGGUACAUAGUAAUGACAAUACAAAUGGAAUAAAAAAAAUAAUAAAACCAGUGUUUUAUAAUAGAGUAUGGUUAGGCACAAAUUUGCCAUUCAAUGGUGUCAAAUUGGGAUUUUUUGCGUUAUUAUUUCGAUUUUGGAAAUUUUUUGUAAAAGUUUUUUUGGAACUGAAUAUUUUUAUUAUUUUGAAACGUGGAUAAUAGGGAAGAUUAGUACAAAUUUUUAGUUUAUUAAGGUAUUUGUAUUAUCAAUCAGUAAUACAGUAGAAUCUGGAUAUUAUGACUUUCAAAGAACCUACGAUACUAUGUCAUAGUAACCGGAUGACAUAAAAACUGACAGGAUUGUUUCUAAAGUACUAUUUUUUUGUUCUUAUUCGUUUAAACAGUUUCUGAACGGGCGUGUGAAUUCAUACUUUGUUUUUCAUUUAUUUAUACACUAAUACUAAAUACACUACACUAGUCACUAUCCACCAAAUUAUUUUCUACUACUUACUACGAAACACUUCUACUAAUUUAUUUAAAUAACCCGUUUAGUUUACUUUUUACUAUUCCAAUGUGUUCACUAUGACAUCAAACUUUUUGCUGACUGCUACAGCCUCAUUGGAAUAAUGGAUAAUAGGGAAAAUUAGUACAAAUUUUGAGGUUAUAAAUGUAUUUAUGUUAUCAAUCAGUAAUACAGCAGAAUCUGGAUAUUACGACCUUCAAAGAACCGACGAUACUUUAUACUCAUACAUAGACUCAAACUAACCGGAUGACAAAAACUGACAGAAUUAUUUCUAAAGUAUUAUAAUGUUCUUCUUAUUCAUUUGAACAGUUUUUGAGAAAUGAAUUCAUACACUUUUUUUUUAUUUAUACACUAAACUAUUCACUAUCCACUAAACUAUUUUCUAUCGUUUAUCACUAUACACUUUUACUAAUUUAUUUAAAUAACCCGUUUAGUUUACUUUUUACUAUUCCAAUGUGUUCACUAUGACAUCAAACUUUUCACUUACUGCUACGGCUGCUAGAGCCUCAUUGGAAUAAUGCCAUCAUUCCACAAAUUUCGUUUACUGGAAAUCGAGUUCACAAGGCAUUCUUUGGAAUUUUGUCUCUCUGAUUACAUAAUGUAAACAGGUAACAAAAAAAUAAGUUAACAGAUUGAAUAAAAAAUCAUAAUGGGACAGGGACGGCUUCACGGUCUAUCUCAGUAGACGAGUUCGUAGCAGUACAUAUCGUUGUAAACAUCGUAAUUUCAUAGCAUCAAAUUUUCCAAUACACAAAAAACUUGACGAUGGAAAAAAUUUAAUGAAGACUUGACAUGUUUCUUUUACUAAAAGGGUUAAAAUAGGAACCAGAUAUCAAAUUUCGAGAAAAUAAUUUAAGAAAAACUUUAUUUUUGUGUCAAAUAUUUUACUAUAAGAAUAAACGGGUUUUAAAAUUAAAAACUCUAGUAACAAAAAGAAAUAUAGCGUUAAAAAUAGUAAGUUUGUGACUUAACAAAACGCUUUCAAAAUUUUGCCCUCAAAUUUAACAAUUCAAAAGAUAAUUUCAGACUUAGGGGCACUUGUAUUUUCAUAGUUUUCAGUCUCACACAUAAGUACAGUGGAUUUCUUUAAAAUAUGGAAAUACAGAACUGUUGUAGAUGUUCAAACUUGGACUUUUUGAUUUUUAGUCUUUCGGUGUAAAGUAAAGUCUUCCAUGCUGACUGAAUCAAUCAAAUUCAAUCUAGUUAUCAACGGAUUUCCAUUAAAUUUUGCAUCAAAUUUACUAUCGCCUUAAUCUGCCAUCAUUAGAAUCUCUAUCCUUUCUCUUUUGGUUAAAGGAACCAUACCGAUAGAAUUGGUAUGAGGCUAAUUGUAAUCCUCACACUUAUAAGUUGGAAUUUCUGGAACCGUUGUUGAUAUUCAUACUGAACACACUGUUUACAACAUCACUCACGAUUACACUACCUGAACCAAGUUAUCGUAUUCAGAGAGUGUCUGUCUGUUUGUCUGACUCAUAGAACAUGUAAAUUUUGCACGUCUAACUGUCUAACAAGAAACUUUGCUUUCUAUUGUAAUAAAGAUCCCUUAAAUGAUUUUCUCUGGUCUCAAUGAAACUUGAACCUUUGCAAGAGCACCUUAUCCACCUGCUUAUGAAUAGAAAACAUGUUUGCAUUUCAAAAAAUUGGCACGGAACAACGGCUCCAUCUUCGAUCCUCUUUAUUGUAGAAUGAGAAACGUCAAACUCCUUGUGCGAAUUGUAUCUGAUUGACAGGUUUAUAAUCAGUAUAAUGUUCACUUUUUUUUUUUUAAUUAUUAAACACUUUGGCUUUCCAAACUAAUAAUGAACAAACAAUACGUAACUGCGACAUGUGCAGCACGCGGAAAGAGCAGAAAUCGGGGCUCCGGAGUCGCUUAAAUCUGUUAUUCGUUAUAUAUGAUUUCUACUGUAUACUGAUUGAAAUCAAAUAUAUCAAUUAUUUUUUUUCGUCUCAAGAAUAAUAACACAUGAAAUGUAUUAUUAUAAUUUGGGGUUAAUAACGAUCCCAAAAAUUCAGCUAUGUAGCAAUGACCUCAAAAAGUGCAUAACAUAGUCGAAGUUUAACAAGAUCUGAUAAAAGAAUUUAAACUAAACUCAAAUGCAAAUUUUAUAACGUUUUUGCAACAUAAUCUUUCUAAUAAAACUGACAACAAUCGAUUUGGCAGUGUUGUCAGUUGUUCAAGUUAAGACAAUCUCUUCGCAGCGUUGUCAGAUGUAACUUAUUUAUGAUUGUUGGUCAUUUAUAUUUCUUUGAAGUCUGCUUCACCGAGAUUUAAAACUUGUUGAAAUAUUAUGUUGUUAACUGUUAAAUUCCAUAAUCCAGUUAAUAAAUUCAAUAUAGAGAGAAAGGAAACUUUUUAUUGAGUGUAUGUGUGUGUCUGUAUAUAUAUGUUGAUAAUAAAGAGAAGUAUGAUAUGGCUUAUAAUAAAAAAAUUGUGUGAGUGAUAUUUUAAUUAAAAUAAUAUAUUAAGAAUAAAUAAUAUGUUAAUAA